AUGCUUCCACCACCAUUCAGCGAAGCUAAAGUAAAUUCAGAGGAUGGCUUGUUGGAACAAAAUCCACAAAUCGACCCAAAGAAACUUCAUCCAUUGACUCCAGAAGUUAUUUCUCGUCAAGCUACUAUUAACAUUGGUACUAUUGGACACGUCGCCCACGGUAAAUCCACAGUCGUCAGAGCUAUUUCUGGUGUUAAGACUAUUCGUUUCAAGAAUGAAAUGGUUCGUAACAUUACCAUCAAGCUUGGUUAUGCCAAUGCCAAGAUUUUCUUGUGUAGAGAUCCUAAAUGUCCAAGACCAGAAUGUUAUACAUCACAAGGUUCUAACCAUUGCGAUCAUUUCCCAUGUGAAGUUGAUGAUUUCAAGGGUGAAUAUGAAUUGGUUAGACACGUUUCUUUUGUCGAUUGUCCAGGUCACGAUAUUCUCAUGGCUACCAUGUUGAACGGUGCCGCUGUCAUGGAUGCCGCUCUUUUAUUAAUUGCUGGUAAUGAACCAUGUCCUCAACCACAAACAUCAGAACAUUUAGCUGCUGUAGAAAUUAUGAAAUUGAAACAUAUUAUUAUUUUACAAAAUAAGAUUGACUUGGUAAAGGAAUCUGAUGCUUUGAAUCAAUUUGAUGAAAUCAAACGUUUCGUUAAGGGAACUGUUGCUGAUAAUUCACCAAUUAUUCCAAUUUCUGCCCAAUUGAAAUACAAUAUUGACGUCGUUUGUGAACACAUUGUGAAACGUAUCCCAAUUCCAAUCCGUGAUUUUACAAGCUCACCAAGAUUGAUUGUCAUUCGUAGUUUUGACGUUAACAAGCCAGGUGAAGCUGUUGAAAAUCUUAAGGGUGGUGUUGCUGGUGGUUCUAUUCUCAGAGGUGUUUUGAGGAUUGGAGAUGAAAUUGAAGUUCGUCCAGGUAUUGUGACUAAGGAAAAGGACGGUACUAUCAAAUGUAAACCAAUUACAAGCAAAAUUGUCAGUUUGUUCGCUGAAGAAAAUGCUUUGCAAUAUGCUGUACCAGGUGGUUUGAUUGGUGUUGGUACAAAGAUUGAUCCAACUCUUACUCGUGCCGAUCGUUUGGUAGGUCAAGUUCUUGGUGAAGUUGGUAAAUUACCAGAAGUUUACACUGAAUUGGAAAUUUCAUACUUUUUACUUAGAAGACUUUUGGGUGUCAAGACUGACAAUGAAAAGAAAGGAAAGAUUCAAAAAUUGCAAAAGGGUGAAGUCCUCAUGAUCAACAUAGGUUCAACAUCAUCAGGUGGUAAAAUCGUUGCUGUUAAGGCUGACUUGACAAAGAUUGUCCUUACUCAACCAGUUUGUACAGAAGUCGGUGAAAAGUUGGCUCUUUCCAGAAGAGUUGAUAACCACUGGAGAUUGAUUGGUUGGGGUAGUAUUGUCAGAUUGAGCUCUGAACAAACAAAGCACGGUUUAGGUUUGGAUAUCAGUGGAUCUGGUCUCAGAGAAAGUGGCUUGAAUACUGAAGAUAUUAACACUGAAGUCGUCGAAGAAGAGCAAGCAGAAGAUGAACAAGCCGACGAACAAGCUGAUGAAGAGUAA